GCAUACCCUGCGCUCGCUAUGCACGCGAAACAAGCACAUGGCUCUCGACGAAGCCAAUCGCGUCGUCUACAACGUUUCCCACCCACCCAACGAAGUCACAAUCAUAUCUGGAGGCGGAUCCGGCCACGAGCCGGCGUGGUCGGGCUUUGUGGGCGACGGCAUGCUGUCGGCAGCUGUGUGUGGAGACAUCUUCGCGUCGCCGAGCACAAAGCAGAUCAUGGCGGGCAUGAGGAAUGUACCCAGCACGGAGGGCAUCAUUCUCUGUAUUACAAACUACACCGGAGAUAUGCUGCACUUUGGCCUGGCGAGAGAAAAGGGCCAGGCGCUGGGCUACAAAGUCGAUGUUGUCUGCAUGGCGGAAGACGCCGCAUUGGGUCGCGAAAAGAGCGGGAAGGUGGGACGCAGAGGGCUGGCAGGUAACCUGCUGGUCAUCAAGCUCAUCGGAGGCGCGUCAUUGCAGGGCUGGCCGUUUGAGCGGUGCCGCAAGAUGGGCGAGCUGGGAAAUGAGCAGUUGGUUACGAUUGGCACAAGUUUGGACCAUUGCCAUGUUCCUGGACGCGAGGCAUUUGAGAGUGUACAGGAUGAUGCAUGUGUGGUAGGCAUGGGUAUCCACAAUGAGCCGGGCCUACGCACCAUACACCCAAUGCCAAGUCCGGAAGACGUGAUCAAAGAGGUGCUCAAGUACCUACUUGACCCUUCCGACCCGGAUCGCGCCUUCGUCCAAUUCAAUCCCGAUGACAACGUCGUCAUGCUAGUCAACAACUUUGGCGGUCUUUCAAAUCUAGAAUUCGAUGCCUUGGUCAAUCUCGCCCUGAUAGCUCUCAAGCGCGACUGGAAGAUUGUGCCGACACGUAUCUAUGCUGGCGUGCUCGAGACGUCGCUGAAUGCCCAGGGUUUCAGCAUAACACUGGGCAACAUGAGCGGAAUGGCAAGGGCCAUGGGAAUCAAGGACGAAGAGGUCAUUGCUUUGCUGGAUGCGCCGACCAACGCUCCUGCGUGGCCAAAGAACGGUUACCAACCAGUCAACGUCAACAAGGAGACGGAAGAGUUGCGCAACAAGGCCAAUGCGGCUCUAUCUGAAGAGUCAGCACUCCACAAAGGCCCUGCCACGCCACCAUCCUUGAUCCCAGCACUGCGAACCGCAUGCAAAGCAGCACUAGCAGCCGAGCCCAAGAUCACCCAGUACGACCUGCAAAUGGGCGACGGAGAUUGUGGAGAAGCUGUAGCCGGCGUAUGCAAGAGCAUAUUGGCAAACAUUGACGCAGUCGAGCAAAACCCGCCCCCGAUCCUCGCUCUAUUAGAGAGCAUAAGCGAGAACGUUGAAGACGUUGGUGGCUCUCUUGGCGCUAUUCUCUCCAUUCUCGUCACCGCCUUUACCAAUGCCCUCGCAACUGCCACGCUGUCCAAAAAUGCGCCACUGGACAUAUCGACCCUUGCCUCGUCCGCCUUGACCGCACUCGAGAACCUAAAAAACUACACGAGCGCAAGGGAGGGCGACCGAACCGUCAUGGAUGUCCUCAUUCCGUUUAUCAACACACUGGCAGAGACCAAAGACUUCGCUAAGAGCGUAGAUGUUGCCGAGACAAAGGCCGACGGUACAAAGGACAUGAGGCCAAAGUUUGGGCGUGCCACGUAUAUUGCAGAUGAUGGGAGUGAUAGAUCCAAGAUACCAGAUCCGGGUGCGUAUGCGGCGGGUGUUUGGCUGAGGGGACUGGAGAAGGGGUUUCAAAACUAG